UUUUCAAAAAUAUUGUAUUCAAUUUAAAAUUAAUCUUAUAACUAAACAAUUAACAUUGUAAAUGAGAAAUUGGUAAUAUAAAGUGUAAACAAAAAAUAUUUUUAUUAUUUUUUAAAUUCUUAAUUCAUAUUUGUAUUUAAAAAUGAGCUUCAAUAAGAAUAGUUCUCAAGACAAACCUAAUUUAGCUACAGAGGAAUAUUGGAAUGAUACUUACAAUGUAGAAUUGGACAAUUUUAAAAACUUUGGCGACCCUGGUGCUGAAUGGUUUGGCCAUAGUAUAGGAUUAAAGAUGAUCAAGUGUAUACAAUCAAACUGUAAAAUUAGUCAAGAAGAUCCCAUUUUAGAUGUUGGAUGUGGAAAUGCAUUACUUUUAACUCAAUUAGCUAAAUUAGGAUUUUCCAAUCUGUACGGCAUAGAUUAUUCAGCGCCUGCAGUAAAAUUAGCAAAUUCAAUAGUUAAAGAUCAAAAAAUAGAAAAUAUAAUACUAAAGGAAUUUGACUUUUUGACUGAUGAUGUAAAAACUUUACCGACAUUUUCAUUGGUCUUGGAUAAAGGUACUUACGAUGUUAUUAGUAUGGACGAUGAAAGUAAAGAAAAGAGAAGUCGGUACAAAGAAAACAUAAUCAACUUGUUACAACCAAAUGGAAUGUUUUUAAUUGUUAGUUGUAACUGGACACAACUAGAAUUGAAUGAACAAUUUGGCGAUGCCUUUCAAGUUGUUCACACUAUACCAACUCCGUCGUUCCAGUUUGGAGGAGCUGUUGGUAAUACAUUGUCAGCCACUCUUUACCAAAAAUUAUGAAAAAAGAAAAAUAUUAUGUUUUAUUUGAUGCUGAUUAAUUUACUAUUGUGGUUUUCUUUACAAUAAACUCUACGCUAUUUAA